AUGGAUGGAUCAGCUGGAAUUGUAACGCUUGCACCGGCGUGGCUACGUGCAAAGGGUGCGGAAGCUCUUCUUGUGGCGGGUGCAACAGGUCUUGGUCAUCGUGCAAAGGGUGCGGCAGCUCUUCUUGUGGAGGAUGCAGCGGCGGCGGCGGCAACUGGUCUUGGUCAUCGUGCAAAGGGUGCGGCAGCUCUUCUUGUGGAGGAUGCAGCGGCGGCGGCGGCAACUGGUCUUGGUCAUCGUGCAAAGGGUGCGGCAGCUCUUCUUGUGGAGGAUGCAGUGGGGGCGGCAACUGGUCUUGGUCAUCCUGCAAAGGGUGCGGCAGCAUGUCGUGUGGUGGGGGCUGUAGGGGUGGCGGUGGAUACGGAUACUACAAUAGCUGGAGUUGUUGUAAAGGGUGCGGCAGCAGUGCUUGCGGCGGAUGCAACGGUCGCAAUAUAUCGUCAUCGUGUAAGCGGUGCGGUAACUUUUGGUGCAGCGGAACUUGUGGUGGAUCAUGUGGCUGUGGAAGGUGUGGCAUCUGUGAGCAGAGAACGUCAAGUUGUGCAAUCAUGUGACGUUGAGACAAGUAUAAUCUAUUCUACUGUCUGCCUGCCUGCCUGUCUACCUUGGCCUGUUAAGUCUGUUAUUCCUUACUUUAAGUUUGGGUUUUUACAAUGUUGA